AUGAGAGUCGGGUAUUUAGGACCGGCAGGUACGUACUCGUACCAGGCUGCAGUGCAGCAUUUCCCGAAUGCCAACGGGGAAGUUGAAUAUUUACCACAAAAAUCUAUUGGAGCAUGUUUCCAAUCAAUGAAUGACGGCAGUGUCGACUAUGCAAUUGUCCCCUUUGAAAAUUCCACCAAUGGACAAGUGAUUUUCACCUUUGAUUUGAUUGUCGACUGGUUUGUAGGGGGGAAGGCAAACUUCCAAGUGGUUGGCGAAGAAUAUGUAGCAAUCCACCAUGCCUUGGUUGGAUAUGCGGCAUCGAUAAAUGGUAUUAAAGAAGUGCAUUCACAUCCACAGGUGUGGGGACAGUGUCGAAAUAUUUUGGCCAAACUUGAGAGUCCAAUACAGGUAGACGAGUCAUCUACUGCUGCGGCAGUUUUGGCAGUGAGUAAACUGAGAAGUUUAUCAGUGGCAGCUUUAGCACCUCUAUCGGCAGCACACGUUCAUAAUGUACCAAUUAUUCAGUCCCCCGUUGAAGAUGAUCCUUCUAAUACUACCCGCUUUUUAGUGCUUGGCCGUCAGCACUAUUCCGCCGACAGGAAAAUCGCCGACAGGAAAAUCGCCGACAAAGGUAUGCUCCUUCUUGCUCCGCACGGGGACCCCUCUGCUCCUGCAGGGGUAGCACGCGCCAUGGCGGAGCUUGCCGCCCGCGGCGUGGGCGUCGCCGGCGUUACCAGUCGGCCGCUGGGCAACGGCGUGGGCAACGGCGUGGGUAAAGUUUUUGUGGUGGACUGUUUUGACGAGGAAGCGAGGGGGGAGGAAUUUGCUGGGAGAAUAGCAGAGGCGGCUCAACAAAUUGGAAUUGCUAUAGUUGCGGGAGUUUACUAG